AUGAGCAAACCAACAAUUAGUCCUGGUCCAUGCUCGGGCAACGGAUACGUGAAGUAUCAUAUGCGACCUACAGGUAUUCCACGUGCACUAGCUACUGAAUCGGAAGUUUUUACACUGGACGAUCAUGAUGAUGAGCAUAGACUGAAUGGAAGCACUUAUCAACGUGAAGUGAUGGAAAGGAAUCGACUUUUUGAGUGUCCACUGGAUAGUGAUGAAGAGAAGAAAACAGAUGGUGACGUCGCAAAUAACAUACGCCAACAUCAUUCUGGUUCAGUCAGGGAAAGAUCGCGACUGACGGACUCUUUCGAUAUGGAAGAUUCGUUGUCGGAUGACUUAGACCUUCUACCUCCUUUACCUGGUGCGCCGAGUACUAAUCAGAGCUGGAUGAACAAGUUUCAUGUGCUAAAUUGUUGUAAUCCAAGAAUACCUAGCAAAUGCAGUAUAAUGUAG